AGUAAAUAGACGUAUAAAUUUGCGCUCCUAAAUAAAUUUUUUAUUAAAAAAAAUAUCCAAAAUAUUUGUGGAAAAAGCUUAACAUACAAAAGAGUAAAUCAGCAGUAAAAAGAUAUAAUUAGUGUAAAAAUUAUUCUUUUUUUGUACCUGUUUGUGGAAAAGUAAAAAAAGCAAAAUUUGUUUUUAUUGUUUCGAAAAGAUAUAUCAAGCGAAGUGUAUUUCACCAACUAUGUAACUCUAAAGCUCUAGAGCGCUGUGUGUCGUGUUUCGUAGUAUAUUGUACAUGUUGAAAUAGAGAGAAAUAAAUAAAUAUACUACGCAUUUGUGGCUUGUGCUUAAAAAAUACACUCACAACUAAGAAGUAGACGACGACGUCGACGAAUACUGAUAAGACGGUAAAUAAUAAGCGAAAUAAAGUAAUCGAAUCGAAUAAAACAUCUGUUCCGUAAAUUCACGCAGUUAAUCAUUCGAACGAUACCGAAGUGGAAACAUCUCAAUAACGCUUAAAAAAUUAAAUUAUUAAAUCGAGAAUAAAAAAAAGUCGUCUACUUUUAACGAAACAACAACAAAAAAAAAAUAUUAAAAAUGAAUUUAUCGUUUGCUGGAUGCGGAUUCCUCGGCAUUUAUCAUGUGGGUGUCGCUGUUUGCUUUAAAAAAUAUGCCCCUCACUUGUUGCUGGACAAAAUAAGUGGAGCAUCAGCCGGUGCAUUGGCUGCAGCAUGUCUCCUCUGUGACAUGCCGUUAGGUGAAAUGACAUCUGAUUUCUUCCGCGUUGUAAACGAGGCGCGUUCACAUUCCCUCGGACCGUUCAGUCCGUCGUUCAACAUCCAGACAUGCCUGCUGGAGGGCCUGCAAAAAUUCUUGCCGGAAGAUGCCCACGAACGUGUCAACGGCAAGCUCCACAUCUCGUUGACGCGCGUCUAUGACGGCAAAAAUGUCAUCGUGUCGCAGUACAAUUCGCGCGAAGACCUGCUCAAUGCGCUGCUCUGUGCGUGCUUCAUACCCAUUUUUUCGGGCGUUUUGCCGCCACGGUUUCACGGUGUUCGAUACAUGGAUGGUGCAUUUUCGGACAACCUUCCCACAAUUGACGAGAACACGGUAACCGUGAGUCCCUUUUGCGGCGAAAGUGACAUUUGUCCGCGCGACAACAGCUGGCAAAUGUUCCACGUAAACUGGGCCAACACGAGCAUCGAAAUUUCCAAGCAGAACAUCAACAGAUUCCGUCGCAUUUUGUUUCCGCCAGAACCGGAAGUGCUCUCGAAAAUGUGCCAAUCGGGCUUUGAUGAUGCCUUGCGGUUCUUGCAUCGAAAUAACUUGAUAAAUUGUGCGCGUUGCUUGGCUGUGCAAUCGACAUUUGUCGUGACAAAUCCGAAUGCGAACAAUUCCGAGUCGGAAUCCGAGCAGGCGGACCACGAUCCCGAAUGCAAAGAGUGCAUUGAGCAACGGCAGGAGGCGAAGGAAGGAUUUAUGCCGGAAACCGUACUAACUGUCUUCCAAACGUACAUAAAUCAGGCGAACAAGGGACUCAUGAACUGGAUCUUUCGUCACAAGAGUACUAGGCUGCUGAAAACGGCGCUUGCCUUGCCAGCAACGUUGCCAGCUGACAUUUUGUGUGCCACACUUACAAAGCUCUUAUUAACACUGAAUCGCAUUGUAAGUCUUGUGGGUGACACUAUUGAACACACAGAAUACAAAUUCCAAACUGUUGCCCGUCUUAUUGAAAAUACGAUGUUGGCAACGUCCGACAGUAAUGUCAAACUCGUUGAGGAAGACAUUCGACGAAUUAUGAAAACCGCUCCAACGGUUGGCCACAUGGUGUACAGCUUGACCAAAUAUCUCAUGGAAAGUUUGAAUAUCAUCCUUGUCCAAUCUAGAAAUAAGCAUCAAAAAAUGACUGCCAAUGUGACAUGCGAACUCGAGUUAACCGAAUACGAUAGACGGGGCUCGUCGCAAUUCAAGAAACUCGGCAGGCAUGAAUCGAAGGUCGAUAUUGUGGUGGAUAGUGGUCAGCCAAAUAUCACGGAAUACAUUCCGAAUACCGUAACAAAUACUCCGUAUCACACACCAGGUUCGUCCAGCGAUGUGGAUGCCUUUGAUCACAUACUUGAGGUGACGACAAACCAGGAAGCUGUCUACGCCUUCUAUUGGAUGGAUGAAAAUAAUAAAUUAAAAGUGACUGAGAUAUUUGACAUGACAAACAGUAAUGAUCCGGCGAUCCAGGGAACGAUGCCGUCACAAGAGCAAAACAAUCAAAACGAUGCCGAGUGGGAUGCGAGUCAACAAAGCUAUUCUCAUUUGCCCGAAUCCCAAAGUCAACCUAAUCUGUAUUCCUACAAUUCCUCGGACAGUAUCAAUAGUGAUGGCAGAUGGCAGCCACAUAGUGUGCAGCCGGUGCGACGUUUUCUCGAUGCGCAUAUCCGCAUUGACGACGACGAAGAAGCCUCUCUCAGCGAAAGUGAUGCCUUUUUCCAGCCGGAAGCCGACCAAUCACGCCUUAUCGAGAUGAACAACAACAAUAAUAACAAUUCGUCGCUUCGUACAGCAAAUAGUCGAUCUCUCAUUGAACAACCAUAAUUUUAAGAUUUUUUUUUUAUUUUAAAUCCUACACAUACUAUAUGAUUAUUAUUUUAUUUUUAUGAUAAAAAGCAAAAAAUUAUUUGAAACUGUAAUGCAAUGUGACAUAAAAAUGUUUUAUUUUUUUUAAUUUUUAAGGCAAUCACCAUAUUUUAGUGUCUAAGUAGUUGAAUAUGAAUGAAACACAACAUAAUUUAUUACAAAAAACGUGUAAAAAAUAUGUAAAAAUCGAAAAAAAAAUCUAAGUUAUAACGUGAAGUAUCCUUAAUAAAAUAAAAAAUCUAAAAUAAUAAAAAGAAACUGUAAAAAGAGCUUUAAAAGAAGCAGACAAAAAACUGUUUCUUAAAAAAAAAUAAUUAAAUAGAUUCCAUUCGACGACAUCUCCACAGAAUAAAAAGUCAAAUCCAAUUAAAAAAA